AUGGAUGCCACCAUACAAUGUAACUUUAUCGAGGGUGGGGUCGAAGAUAUAUGCUACCCAGCACCUAUCGUGGACAAAGCAGCCGAGGUUCCUUUGAUGCAAGACUCGGCAUACUCUUCUCCUCGGCCAUCAUCCUCGUGGCUUUCGUCAGAGAGCAUGAGUGAUGGUUGCAGUGGCACAUGGUCUUCGCCUGCUCCAAGCAUUGUUUACUCUCCAUCUCCCAAGCCGGCAGACUACUACAACCAGUAUCUUGGAUGGUCUCAAGCAAACUCGAGACAAAUUCUGCAAUCUUUCACCUCGUUGGACCAAGUUCAAUGUCAGCCAGACGUUCCUGCAUACUAUCAGCAAGAGCCUGUUUGUCAACCUUACUACCCCGGACAAUGCUUCCAGUUCCAAGCUCUCGAGGAAUCGGGCUUGGACACUUUCGGUGUAGGACAGUGGGCGACGACGGAGUAUCCACAAGGCACUUCUGAGCAGAUCAUCUCGUCGUCACCAGCUCCUUCCUCCACUAUCGCAUCCACCACCGCCUCGUCCAAUGGCUCUCCCACUCAUAGCAAUCAUCCUCACAUCAAGCAAGAAGAGCCCACAGAGCAUCAUCAUAUCUGCAUCGAAGCGUCGCCAAGAAAACAGCAUGCCAACAGGUCAAAGACGGCAUACCCUUGCCCUUUCCUUCCCUACGGUUGUCCUGCAUCCUUCUCUUCCAAGAAUGAAUGGAAGCGCCACCUCAACGCUCAACACCUGUCCCUCAGCACUUUUCGUUGCGACCUCUGUAUCCCAAAGCCCUGCUCAUCCUCCACCGCACAACAGUCCAACGACUUCAAUCGCAAAGACUUGUUUAUCCAACAUCUACGCCGUAUGCACUGCGAAAACUCCUCCGAAUCAACAUCGACAGUCCCCAGCAUCAGAACAGCAAGAUUCAACUGUAUCACGAUACCAAACACUCCCGCCUCGCUAGCUGAACAAGUUGAUCGCUGUCAUAUUCCACCUCCUUCACCUCCUGCAUCCGCGCAAUGCAUCUUCUGCACUCAAACCUUCUCUACUCCGCAAGCUUGGCUUCAACGUACUGAACACAUCUCUCGCCACUUUGAGAGAUUCCGUCGCGAUGGGCAAGAGGUGCCCAAAGUGGCAGAGUGGAGAAGGGAUAUCGAGCUAGAGAGGUGGUGUUUGGAAACUGGUGUGCUUGUGCUUCAUCGCGGCAGAGAUGGUAUGGGAAGGGUUCGUGUCAAGAGUGGCAGGAAGCUUUGA